GUUCGCCCUCAUAUUUAUGGAAGCUUGAUCGCGCUCAUCGCUGCACCUUCUUUCUUCUUCAAACGAGCCACAUAAGGGAGCCAGAGAAUUACUCUAACUUGAAGUGGAUAGCUAUAUGAAUUUUUCUCUAUACAAUUCACGGGUUAUACAUGUUCACAAAUGAUAAAAGGCAAGAAGAGCGUACCGGAAAAUAUAAGACUCCUAGGGUGCAAUACCUUCAGGAGCUGGUGUCUCGGUUCCAAAAUGCAUCUGAUGAAGGAACAAAAGAGCAGGUAGUGGGUAACGAGAUGCUUGUUGAAUUUGGUAUUAGGGGAAUCUGUAAUUGCUCUGCAGAUCCAGCAAAUGCUGCGUUUGUCACUCAAAGUGGUGGGAUCCCGUUGUUCAUACAAUGCCUAUCGAGUCCUGUUCGAAACACGGUAUGUUGCGGUCUUGGCGCAUUGUAUUACCUUUGCAAUGAAUUAAACAGGGAAGAAAUCUUGAAGCCUGAAGUAGUAGAUGUGAUCAAAAGGUAUGCUGCUGCCAGCGAAGUUAGUGCAAGUUUCAGUAAUCUGGCUCAAGCUUUCUUGGAUAAGUUCGUUUCAGACCGGAUAAUACCCAAGCUCGUGACUUUGCCUGUAGCUGCGAGCGGCCUAUCGUGCUUCCCUGCCUUCUUCAUCUAUGUGAUCUAGGCCAAACAUUCAAUUUUCUUUCCACUCUGGAGCACUACAUGCAGAGUGGUGAAAGUAUAUGCAACUGAUGUUGCUUACCCUCUACCUGACAAAUCGACUCCAGUUUACAUUACAGUUGGAGAUGGAUGGAACCAGGAAGGUCUUGCUGCAAGAUUUAGAGAUCCCAGACCUGAGUAUUCUGCUUUUUGGGAAGCUAGUUAUGGCCAAUUGGCCAUUCUACCUUAGAUAACACAAAUAAGAAUCUGUGGUAUCAACAAUGUAUAAAAGAAUUUUUGUUUUAUUUCCACACAUUUGUUCAUUGUUAUCUUAAUUACAUUGACGCUAUGAAUUUCAUUUUCAUGUAAAAAAAGUUAGAAAAACAUAAAUGUGGUGAAAA